UGGAAGUAAAGUCAGCCUCACAGGUCAUGUCGGUCGAAACCUCUGUUAAUGAUUUCCAUUCUCCGUUGUCUAAGCUCCAAAGCUAGUUUCGAGCGAAAAAGGAAAAACUGGAAAAACACAACCGAAGAAGAAGAAGAAGGAGCUAAGUAAUCUCAUUGAGGAAGAGUUCUAAUCUCUCUCAAAUUCCGAGCAAUCACAGAACUAGAUCUGAUACGAAUUCCUGAAAUUUUAGAGCUCCGGAGAGAUCUUCUCUCCCGAUCUUCAAUCCAUGGCCCAUCGGAGAUUGUCGCUACUGUUUCUGUUUUGCGCUUUGUGUUACGCUCUCGCCGCCAUUGCAGCGAAGAGCUAUUAUGAUAUAUUGCAAGUGCCGAGAGGAGCGUCGGAUGAGCAGAUCAAGAGAGCGUAUAGGAAGUUAGCGUUGAAGUAUCAUCCUGACAAGAAUCAGGGCAAUGAAGAGGCGAACAAGAAGUUUGCUGAGAUUAGCAAUGCUUAUGAGGUGUUGUCUGAUAGCGAGAAGAGGAAUAUAUACGAUAGGUAUGGUGAGGAGGGGCUGAAGCAGCAUGCAGCUAGUGGAGGCAGAGGAGGAGGAAUGGGGGUCAACAUACAGGAUAUUUUUAGCAGUUUUUUUGGUGGUGGCACAAUGGAAGAGGAAGAGAAAAUUGCCAGAGGGGAUGAUGUGAUUGUUGAAUUGGAUGCAACUCUUGAAGAUUUGUACAUGGGAGGUUCAUUAAAGGUGAGGAAGUAUCUCUUGUUGAUUUGGAGGGAGAAAAACGUUUUAAAGCCAGCCCCAGGAAAAAGACACUGCAACUGUAGAAAUGAGGUCUAUCACAGGCAAAUAGCUCCAGGGAUGUAUCAACAGAUGACAGAACAGGUUUGUGAGCAGUGCCAAAAUGUCAAAUAUGAGAGGGAGGGAUAUGAACUUACAGUUGAUAUUGAGAAAGGAAUGCAAGAUGGGCAAGAGGUUGUUUUCUACGAAGAUGGUGAGCCUAUAAUAGAUGGAGAACCUGGAGAUUUGAAGUUCCGCAUUCGCACAGCACCCCACGAUCACUUCAGGAGGGAAGGCGAUGAUUUGCAUGCCACUGUCAACAUAAGUCUGGUUGAAGCUCUUGUUGGUUUUGAGAAGACCAUUGAACACCUUGAUGAGCAUUUAGUAGACAUCGGCUCAAAGCGUAUAACAAAGCCGAAAGAAGUGAGGAAGUUCAAAGGUGAAGGGAUGCCAUUGCAUUUUAGCAACAAGAAAGGGGACCUCUACAUCACCUUUGAGGUUCAAUUCCCCAAAUCACUGACAGAAGACCAGAAGGCCAAAAUCAAAGCAGCUCUUGGCUAAGAUGUAGGAGCAUGUUCUUUUUGCGGGGUCAUAAAAAAUACCCACUGUCACUUGAGUAGAACAUGGAUAGGGAAUAGUAUUAAUUCUUGAGGGGUUUGAUUUCUCUCCUCGCUGAGCCUGCCCUCCUUUCCCCACAAUUAACAAAAUAGCAGAAACUGUCCCAAAAUGUCUUCAACCAUUCUCUUAAGUCCUGCAUUUUUUUUGGGCCUAUUUUAGCGAAGACGGUCUUUUUGUCUCGUAUCAUACGGAUCCUUGACAUCGCUAUAUAUCGUGUUUCUUGUUGCCUUCACAAAAAUGGUAGUGUUAUCUAUUUAUUUAUUUUUUUGAUUGUAGGAAACAUGGUGAAUAAAUUAGUAUCUGUUUG